UGUGAUCGUGUGUGAGCCGUCGUCGGGUCGUCACGCGACCGUACCGCGAUCCCUUUUCGCGCGAAGCGGCAGAUCGGCGCGGAAGCGUCCGCACCGUCUCGGCAGCGUCGAGACGAGACUCGAUCGCGAAGCGGAGCGCACUUCAUUGAAUCGAGGAUCACAUCCGCGUCAAGACGCGGAGCGUAGACCCCCCGAGCGCGUCCCUCCGAUCGUAGGCGGCGCACUUCAGAGCGCUGCGCCGAUCGUGCAUCUGGCACUCCGCGUUGGCACGGCGCGCAAAUCGGAGCGCACGGGUCGCGCGAUCGCGUAGUCGUGUGAGAUCUCACGAUCUCUCGAUUGUUUUUCAUUCUCGUCUCGCCGUUCGUUCUCGUGUGACCUGGGCAGAAUGGCAAAUUGUUGGUACAACUUCUCCAAGUACACGCUGAUAGCCUUGAACGUCGUAUUUUUGACCGUCUCGAUAGCGGUGAUCGCUCUGGUAGCAUGGAUGCUGACGGACAAAACGUUCCUGGUAUCGAUCGCUCAAGAAGAGGACAAUUACGACGCGGGUCUGUACAUUCUGCUGGGCGCUGGGAUUCUCAUGUUCAUCGUCGCCUUCUUGGGCUGCUGCGGCGCUCUCAGGCACAAUCGGUGUUGCCUGGUCUCCUUCGCCGGCAUCAUGCUCGUCAUUAUCGGCGCGCAGGUCGCAUUCGGCGCCUGGCUUUACGCUAAUAGGGACCGUUUAGACGAGCUGCUGAGAUCCUCGGUGAUAAAUACCGUUAAGAAUGAGUACGGCGAGAUAGAAUGUCGUACGCAAAUCAUGGACGCGAUUCAAUCUGGCCUCGAGUGCUGUGGAGCCAACGGACCGGCAGAUUGGGCUGGCAGCAAGUACUCACGAAAAGACCCUUCUCUUCCGCUCUCUAUCACCGUUUCCAGCGAUUCCAACAACAUGUUCAAAGUACCAGAAACAUGCUGCAAGAAUAUGGACAGCACUGAGUGCAACGAAGCUCGCAACAUGAGAAUUGCUGGAAUUGUGAAUUCUGAGAUCUACAACGAGGGAUGCACGGAGAGAUUGGUGAAUGCGCUGAAAGGUCAAACUUAUCACGUUUUAAUUAUAUCGAUAUUAAUCCUGAUCAUGGAGAUCCUCGGUUUGGUACUUGCUUUAAUUUGCUGUUGCGAAGACGGCUCGUCGGAUAGAUAUAAGGCUUAAACCGAUUAAUCGCGUAUGUAUUAAUCGCCUAUAAGAAUCCUUCCUUGCCGGGCGUCCCAUUGUAACGGCGUGUUACGGAGAAUAUCAAAAUUUCGUUUCCGUGCCAAUACCAGUGAGUAACUUUGUAACUUGUCUCGCGUUUGGUCGCACUGAAUUAUUGAAAUAAUUUUUCAGGUUGUUAGAAAGACAUCGCAUCGGAUAAAUAACCGUUUCUUAGGCUGUAUUAUUAUCCUGUGUGAAUUGGUACGCGUUAUUUUCAGACCAAUUGAAGAUCUGACAUGUAACGGCACCGUUUCAGAAAUUUAUUUCUGUAUCGGUAUGAUAGCUUAAUAUCGACAUGCAUAAUAAUGCAGAGUAACUCAUACCAGCGAGGAUAAUGCAUCUCAUCUUUUGAUUAAUUGUCCGUUAAAAGGGUACAAAGACAUGGCAGGUAUUAAAACUGAAAUGUAUAAUCGUAUAUAAUUUUUAUCGACACGUGUAUAUAAAUUUCGAGGGAAGAUCGUGCAUCCGCGAAUAUGAAACGAGGCUAUUGAAUUGAAAAAGUAAACUAAUAAUUACGGGAUAUUUGCGCUGAUUUGAAUAGACAUGCACAUGUGACUUGAAUUGGUGCGAAUAUAGUCACUCGAAGAAUAUGUAGUGUAUAUAAGCCUUCCAAGAUCCGAAAGCAACAGCAGGACUGUAGAACGGAGUCUGACUAGAUGCUUCCUGGACAUUUUUGGAUUCAAUAUCUGCCUUCAAAUUCUUUUAGUCUUUUUUUUUGUUACAAUCACACCAUCAUCACGGCAUUGUUGAAUUUAUAUGCGCGCCUUAUAUGUUAUACGCUAAGGAAAAAUCUCAAUUUUAUAAAUGAAGAAGACGAGUGCGAGUUUACGUAACGGAUUUUUAGAUUCGGUUUUAUUCAAGUACUGCCCCAAAUGUUCUACAUUAUUUAUACAUAAAUAUAUAUAUAUGUACCUAUAUUCUCUUCCAGAGUUUAAAGACUUAUAUGCAUAAGCAUUUAAUAUCUUUUACGAGGUACCUAUGCAGUUAGGUUUUCUCUUCGGGCCAAAGUAGUACACCAAACUGGCGCGUUGCGCUGAUACAAAGCGAAAAUUAUAUUUUGAAUUGCACAAGCGCGGCGAUAUAUUAGAGAUUAUAUUAUUUCUACAAUGGAAUUAUAUAUUAUGUUAUAUCUAGAAUAUAUAUCUAGAAUCUCGCUGUCACGUUUGAUAUUUCAAGCGAUGCUAAGCUGCAGAUUAUCGCUAAUAUAUUUAAAGCUGUAUUUUCAUCCGACUAAUUUUGACUAAUAUUUUCAUUAACAGCAGCGUUUAACGAUCUGAAUGCAGAAAUCUCAAGAAGGAAUCGGUUUUUCCAAGUAUCGCGUUUUAUAUUGUGGUUAUUAUUCUUCCACGCUUUACACUAUCUUGGCAAAUUAUUUUGAAAAUGAAACUAAAAUCAUACCGGUAUCAUCCACGUAGUCCUGUACUUUAACCUACGACACGAUUGUCAUAGUUUCUAGUCUAUAAACGAUUAAUACUAAUUUAUCGAUUUAUUUGCUUUAUCUCAUGAUAUAUAUUAUAUUUUAUAUAUUAUUUUUUAUAUACUUAUAUAUUAAUGAUAAUUGCCUCUCUCUUUAGGUUUUACGUGUGAAAUCUAACAGUAACCGUUUCCAAUUUUAUAAAAAAGUGCUACUUGCUGUUUGCAUAAUAAUAUAAUAAUGCAUACAAUUUCAUGCAUUAAUAAUCGCAGCUAAAAUGAUCAUUUCCAAGAGAUUGUUUUGCAGGCAGCGUUUAAUGAUGAAGUAUCGAUAUGUUUAUUCUACUAAUAUGUAAAAUCAAACGAGUCCUCUGAGAGUUCCCCUGUCUCGUCUGAUGUGCUUUAUAUAGCUUUUCGGCGGUUUAGUAAACUUAAAUUGCAUUGGUAAACAUGAAACCCUGGUAAGGUGCAACGAUUUAAAAAUAUUGCAUAUUAUAAAAUCAAUAUUUUUAAACAUCGAUGUACAACGCACUGUCCAUAUGUACGCUGUAUUGUAAUUAAGAUUCUUGUGAAAGUGUUACUUAUUAUGAUUAUGGUUGAAUACAAAUUUAAAAACAAGCGUUUCAACUAAAUUUUGAGGAAACUUUUGUCCCGGCGAUAGUCAUGAGCGGAAAUCCAAACGAAUAAUAUGCUAACAAGACUUGUGACCAAAUUAAUGUUAAAUCCUGACACGAUAUAUUUGCCGUUAAAAAGAAUUCAGAUAAAUUUAAUAAAUUUAGUAGCGAGCAAAGUCGUCGGCGUUAUAUCAAAGUUGUAACUCGAAAUAAUUGUUGUUUAUAUGUAAAAAUAUGAAACGGCGUGUAACAGCAAUACGUAUUUUGACUAAAAAUCGUACGGGCACCUUUCUUACCAUGUAUCGACUCUCGUACACAUACACGCACACAUACGUAAAUACGCACGCAGAGAUGUAUCUUUACGAUCUUUUUUUUACAGAUUUUUGAUCGAUAUUCUAUUGGGUAUUACUUUUAGAAUUUAUUUUUUUACCGUGAACUGUAUUUGUACACAUUUGAAUGUUGUCUGCCGUUUAUAAUAUAAAAAAUAAAGAUACUAUACAAGUAUAUGUAAAAUUAUACGGAUAAUUGCGUGGGAAUCGAGCGUGAAUUUCCAAGUGCGAUGAUAAUUGUAAGGUUUAUCUGUCUACUAUUGUACAUCAUGACGAUAAUUGUAUUCCUUGAAUGGAUUUCCAUUCUUCGUACAAUAUAUUCUCUGCAAAUAAAGGUACUUGUACACCUCCA